AUGCAACCAAAUCGGAUCGAAAGCAAGCAUGGCGAGAGCAGAUGCUUAGUUGACCGAGAUGGGAGUGCACGAGGUCUGGACGAGACCGUUGUUGGCAGAGCCCUGGCAGCAGACGGCGGUGUUCUUGCAGGUGUUCUGGACAGCGACGGCGACACCGAGGACACCGACGGGGAUCUGCUGGCAGUCAAGACCGAUGGCACCGUCAAGAACCUCGUUGAAGGCGAGACCGAGACCGGCAAGGGCGUCCUGGGCCUGCUUGCCCUGCUUCUACUCGUGUCCAAUUUUGGUAGAGAAGGAAGAAAGUAUAGACAGUCAGAUCGCUGA